GCAGUUGCAGGUAUCCGUGGAUGCCUUUGUCGUCCGAUCGACACUGUAAUGCCAGAGCGCGAAACGCGAGCCGAGCUCGCAGCGGAGGUCAGCGGGCUUUGGAGGCUUGAGUUGUGUAGUCGAUCCUCGGGGGUGUAAAAGCUCGGUCCUUCCAUCGCGAUGUUCGCAGCCGAUCCCGAGUAAAUUCGAUCCUUCGGAGUGUAAAUCGAGAAAAAAAAAAAAAGAAGCGAGAGUUUACCAUGUCGCUGCACUACUACCCGCACGGCUACCGCUACCGCUCAGCGACUCGCACGAGUGUCCAGGUGAUGCAGCACGAGUUGGGCUCGGACAGCGACGUCAACGAGCUCAGCGAACUCGAGGAUGACGAGGGCGCCGAUGGCGAGGAGGACGACGAGGACGACGAGGACGACGGGGACGAGGAGGACGACGGGCUGCCAUACCCGGGCUUCGUGCCCGUUGCCCUGCGCUACUUCGAGCAAGGAACUUGGCCGCGCAACUGGUGCCUCGUGCUCAUCACUAAUCCGUGGUUCGAGAGAAUCAGCAUGAUGGUGAUACUCCUAAACUGCAUCACGCUGGGCAUGUACCAGCCUUGCGUCGACGACCAAUGCGUUACGAAUCGUUGUAAGAUACUACAGAUGUUCGACGACAUGAUAUUUGUAUUUUUUUCGGUCGAAAUGACGAUCAAAAUGAUGGCGAUGGGUGUAUACGGUAAAGGCACCUACCUCGCUGAUUCCUGGAAUAGAUUAGACUUCUUCAUAGUUAUAGCAGGAGCCUUAGAGUACUGUCUGAUCGUCGAGAACAUGAAUUUAUCGGCGAUACGCACGAUAAGGGUGCUGAGGCCGCUGCGAGCGAUCAACAGAAUACCGAGCAUGAGGAUCUUGGUGAUGUUGCUGCUCGACACGCUGCCGAUGCUGGGCAACGUCCUGCUGCUCUGCUUCUUCGUGUUCUUCAUAUUCGGGAUCGUCGGCGUGCAGCUCUGGGAGGGCAUACUCCGGCAGCGCUGUUUCCUCAAGGCUCUGCCCAGCGUCAAGUAUCCCGAUGAUCUGGAAAAGUACUUUGAGUACCAGGGUCAGGAUUAUAUAUGCUCGAAGCCGGACGGCAAUGGUAUGCACAGUUGCAGCAAUUUGCCACCACUCAAGAUCGGUAACACAGAGUGCAAUCACACAGCACUGCCGUACAGUAACGCGACGUUUAUCACGAACGACACGUGCGUCAACUGGAACUACUAUUACUCGGAGUGCAGGGGACAUGGCAACAACCCGUUUCAGGGGACGAUAUCUUUCGACAACAUCGGCCUCGCUUGGGUGGCCAUAUUUCUCGUGAUAAGUCUGGAGGGUUGGACAGAUAUAAUGUAUUACGUGCAAGACGCCCACUCGUUCUGGGACUGGAUUUAUUUUGUCCUUCUGAUCGUCAUCGGUUCCUUUUUCAUGAUCAACCUCUGCUUAGUUGUAAUAGCGACUCAAUUUUCGGAGACGAAGAAGCGCGAAAUGGAGAGAAUGCGAUUGGAGCGGGCUCGAUUUCACUCCACCAGCACACUCGCCUCGUCGACUAACACGUCUGAGCCAACUACGUGUUACGCCGAGAUGAUCAAAUACAUAGCGCACCUGUGGAGAAGAGGAAAACGAAGACUCAUGAAGAAAUGGAGGCUGUUUUUGUACAGUAGGCAGCAGAAGCGAGAGCAAAAUUUAUUAAAGGAAUCACACAAUCAAAUGCGAACCAACGUCGUACGAUCUUUAAGGUUGCCAGUCCGCAGUUCCGACGGCAAACUGCAUCACAGCAGGUGUCCACGUUUACUUGUUGCUCUGGAAGGCGAGCACAUGACCAUCAGUAACAAUGGAAGCAAUGGCAAUCAUACCACUGACAUUGCCAGAACAAGUGCUAUAGGCGGGGGUAGUGGCAGCAUCGUAGCAGCACCACCAUCACUAGCGGUAGCUCCGCACGCCAGCCCCGAGGUAUCCGAGACCGAGCUGUCGCAGCGCUCCAAAAUGCAUCAUAAUGCUUUGGCAGGCAGUGAGAACAACAUUACAGCCACAGGGACGCACAACGCGCUUUUGAGCCCGCCGAGCGUGCACCAUCGGCGCCGCAGUAGCGUCAUGUUCAGCGAUGUCGUGCUUCUUCAUGGGAGUAGCGUUAAUACAUUGCCCGGCUCGAUCGGGAUGGCAGGCGAGCGAAACGUUUGCUCCAGUGAGAAAAUGACUCAGACCGGUGAUGGCAAUAUAUGGUCAACGCCCCAGCCUAAUAAUGUUCAAACCGAGCUCAACUGCGGCGAGGCUAUGACGUGCCAAGAACUUCUCGCUCUAAGUGGUGCUCUCAGCGCUGCCCUGCCCACCGGCCAAUUGGCCCUCGACACCUUUUUGAACUCGCUCACGAAAGGCAUAACCGAGCGCCACAUAACGCUAGAAGAUCACCGAGCACAGUGGAUGUCCACCAACCCGGCCGAGAUGGAGGUCUGCUCGUGUUGUUGCGACAUGCAAGCCGAACAGCAGUGGCCCGAAGACAACGUCAAGGGGCUCGCAAAGUGGCGCCGGACGCAGGCUCAUCGAGCGAUCAAGGCCUGCUUCAACGGUAUCAUUUGCACCGCUCGCUGCUUGCGCCGAUGGACGAAGGUGCUUGUCAAUCACAAGUACUUCCAGCAGGGCAUACUCGUGGCCAUUCUCAUCAACACACUCAGUAUGGGCAUCGAGUAUCAUAAUCAGCCAGAGGAGCUGACAGUCAUAGUCGAGAUAAGCAAUAUAGUAUUUUCUGCCGUGUUUGCCGUUGAAAUGUUAUUGAAGAUCGUAGCUGAGGGACCCUUCUCCUACAUAAGCAACGGCUUCAACGUCUUCGAUGGCGUCGUUGUUAUCCUAAGUAUUGUAGAACUCUGCCAGUCCGUAGCGGAGGACCGGAGCGGCAGCUCGGGUCUUAGCGUACUCAGGACAUUCCGGCUACUGAGGAUACUCAAGCUCGUCCGCUUCAUGCCGAACCUCAGAAGGCAACUCUUUGUUAUGCUCCGCACGAUGGACAACGUGGCUGUCUUUUUUUCUCUUUUAGUGCUCUUUAUCUUCAUAUUCAGUAUACUCGGGAUGAACCUGUUCGGUUGCAAAUUCUGUGAAACUGCGAUUGGUGGCUCUGACGUCGAGUGUGAUAGAAAAAACUUUGACUCGUUGCUCUGGGCCAUAGUGACGGUGUUUCAGUUUUGCAUGUGGGCAGACCGGAGUCGGCCCUGCACCUGUGCCGAGGUUGUCUCGCGCCACCCGUUGUGUCGCUGUGAUCGCAAACAUUUCAACGACAUCGUCUGGGCACUUGUUACAGUCUUUCAGAUUCUCACGCAAGAGGACUGGAACGUCGUUUUGUUCAAUGGAAUGCAGAAAACGACCCAUUGGGCAGCUCUAUAUUUUGUUGCCUUAAUGACGUUUGGUAACUACGUACUUUUCAAUUUACUCGUCGCUAUUCUGGUUGAGGGUUUUUCCUCUGAGAGGAAUGAAAGGCGCGAGCGAGAGCAAAGGGAGUUGGCCAGGCUCGCGGUAAAGGAGGCUGGCCUUGGCAGUGAUGAGGGAUCCAUGAGAUCGCCACGGUCUCACUCCAUUUCCGACAGUGAUACCUACACACAGGAUCAAAAGAACUCCUGGCAGAGUUGCGAGGAUCUGCGCAAGUACAAAGACAAUUAUAGCCGUGAGAAACAAAACAGAGAGGCUUGGAAGCGCGGCCUCCACGACGAGCCGAAGUGCAAUAUCCAAAAAGAGAGCAAAAUGAUGGCAGGACCCCAACCACCGAUAAUCACUCACACGGCAGCCACGCCUCAGGACUCGCCAAACACGACUCUUGACACUGGUUACCGGGAUCUCAAUUUUCGGGCGAUUUUUCCCACAACUCUAUCGAUCGAGUCAAUCGAUCGAUCGUCUAGCCAGUGCAGUGUUUACUCAGGUUUCUUGAAGCCACCGGACAACAACAGCAGAAAUACUACAAACAAUUUAAUCAGUCACUCUUCGAGGCGUAUCAGUCUCGUCAAUACAGGUGUCAAUACCAACUCAUCAAGGGAACCUUCUAGUUCUAGUCCACCGAGAAUUCGACGGGGUUAUUCUUGGCGCCUGUCAAGGCCUUCUUUGAGACGGAAAAGAUGGUCCCAGUGGGACGAAGAGCCACCGGGGCAGGGAGCCAUGGUCCUUAAUAAUGGGCGAAGCAACGUUGGCCACAAAUCCUUGAGUUGUGGGGAUUACACAAAUUAUAAUGGAGGGUAUCUUCACGGUUCCAUAAGGAACGAUACUCAACGCGAUGCACCGAAUAAUCGUACAACUGCCAUUACAACAAACAAUUGUAGCCUUAGUCCCAAUAACUCCAUCAGAAGUCGAAGAUCCUCUAUCCAUAGGUACACACCUACUCCAAACCAGAUGCGCUGGACGGACGACUUAUCGCGACGGAACUCAUUGCGAGGAUACGAGGGCCUGUCCCCUCGCAAAAUCCUCCCCUUGGACGAAGCGCCUCCACUGACAUCUACUCCUCGUACCAUCAAUAAUUUAAACCUUGACACUGGACCUCUGCCUCGCAUCAAGCGUCUACCCGAGGAAGAGACUGAACCGAAUCUGCACCCUGGCAUCGCUGGUGACCAGACUCCGCCGUCCAACGGUCACGAAAGCGCUGGCAGUAUCGAGCGCAUCAAGAAAAUUUUUAUGUUCUUUGAGCCCAAAGGCUGCCUCAAAGAACGUGAUGAUUACUCACUCUACUUGUUCCCCCAGAAUAAUAAAUUUCGCAUAUUCUGCCAGUGGUUCGUUGAUCAGAAGUGGUUUGACAAUGUGGUCCUGCUGUUCAUUGGCUUAAAUUGCAUAACAUUAGCAAUGGAACGACCAAACAUUCCACCUGACAGUAUAGAGAGAAUUUUUCUCGGUACCGCCAAUUACGUUUUCACCGUAGUUUUUGCUGUCGAAAUGUUUGUUAAGGUCGUUGCAACUGGAAUGUUUUAUGGCACGAACGCUUACUUUACGUCAGGCUGGAACAUAAUGGAUGGCUCGCUGGUGGUAAUUUCUAUAAUCGAUCUUGGUAUGUCCGUACUAUCUUCAAGCAGUCCGAGGAUAUUCGGAAUAUUAAGGGUCUUUCGACUCCUGAGAUCUCUGCGACCUCUGCGCGUAAUAAAUCGAGCUCCCGGCCUGAAGCUCGUCGUCCAGACGUUGCUCUCAUCUCUGCGACCCAUCGGCAACAUAGUCCUUAUUUGCUGCACUUUCUUCAUCAUAUUCGGCAUACUAGGCGUGCAGCUGUUCAAGGGCGCGUUUUAUUAUUGCGAGGGCCCGGAAAUCAAGAACGUGCGCAACAAAACUGAUUGCCUCGCAGACAAGCGCAAUGUUUGGCUGAACCGAAAGUACAACUUCGAUGAUCUGGGUAAAGCACUGAUGUCGCUUUUCGUGCUCUCAUCGCGGGACGGUUGGGUCAAUAUUAUGUACACGGGCCUCGAUGCCGUUGGCGUUGAUCAACAGCCCAUCGAAAAUUAUUCCGAAUGGAGACUGCUCUACUUUAUUGCCUUCAUCCUGCUAGUCGGGUUUUUCGUACUGAACAUGUUUGUCGGCGUAGUCGUGGAAAAUUUUCACAGGUGCCGGGAGGAACAGGAGAAGGAAGAGCGAGUCAGACGAGCUGCCAAGCGUGCCCUGCAGAUGGAGAAAAAGAGGAGAAAAAUGCACGAACCACCUUAUUACGCAAAUUAUUCGAAAACGCGUCUCUUCAUCCACAACGUCGUGACGUCAAAGUACUUCGACCUGGCGAUAGCCGCCGUAAUCGGCUUGAACGUCGUAACGAUGGCCUUGGAGUUUUACAUGAUGCCCAAGGCCCUGACCUACGCUCUCAAAAUAUUCAAUUACUUUUUCACGGCCGUCUUCAUCCUCGAGUCUUUCAUGAAGCUCUUAGCGCUCGGACUCCAUCUCUAUCUAAAGGACAAGUGGAAUCAGUUAGAUGUCGGAAUAGUCAUCCUUUCGGUCGUGGGUAUUGGUUUGGAAGAGGUCGAGUCGAAGAUCAUUCCCAUUAAUCCGACAAUCAUCCGUGUUAUGAGAGUACUGAGGAUAGCAAGAGUAUUAAAGUUGUUAAAAAUGGCAAAGGGCAUUCGUGCGUUGCUGGAUACUGUCAUGCAAGCGCUUCCUCAAGUGGGCAAUCUAGGUCUGCUCUUCUUUUUACUGUUCUUCAUAUUCGCCGCACUCGGAGUUGAGCUUUUCGGACGACUGGAAUGCAGCGACGAGAUACCCUGCCAGGGUCUCGGCGAGCACGCGCACUUCAGUAACUUCGGCAUGGCCUUCCUGACGCUAUUUCGCGUCGCGACUGGCGACAACUGGAACGGAAUAAUGAAGGACACGCUGCGCGACAACUGCGACGACGCCGCCGACUGUGUAAAGAACUGCUGUGUCAGCAGCAUCAUAGCACCGAUAUUCUUCGUCAUCUUCGUCCUGAUGGCGCAAUUCGUGCUCGUCAAUGUCGUGGUCGCUGUGCUGAUGAAACAUCUCGAGGAAAGCCACAAACAGAUGGAAGAUGAGCUUGACAUGGAAACACAGCUCGAGCGCGAAUUCGCAGCUGAACAGGAGGAGCUGCUAGAAGUCCAAGAGGAGGACGAGGAAGAGGAUGAAGAAGAGGUGUUCAUAGAGGCCGCCAGAAGGAAGGAGAGGGAGGCUCUCGACGAAAAGCUGAGGAAAAUCGAGUUGCAGCAGGUACAGGAGGCUGACGACGAGCUAGACACUGAGCUUGUGGCGAGCGAUGAGUUCAACGGGGCUAGGCCCGGCUUGUCCAAGGUCCGUUCGCUGCCCUCGAAUUUCACGUACAAUCCACCUGCCGAGAGGGAAAAGACCACCGACGAUGCGUCUGUAUCAACGAUGGACGACAGCCGACGCUCGAUCUAUCAGCAGCAGCGCGCCAGCGCCAAGCCCUCCAAAUUUAAGAUGAAGCGCCGGCAAACCUUCCACUCGCAGCGCCGCCACGGGGGUAUGUUCUCGACACCACCGAUGCACUUCGAGGUGGCCGAGCUUAUACGUAAGCCGACGAGCAACCUGAGCGUCCCACGCAUCAUACCCCAGCGUGGCUCCGUCUCGUCCUCCUCGGCGUCCAACGUGUACGGCAGCACCAAACACUUGGCACGUCCGAGCGUCCCCGAGGCAAACAGGUCCUUUCUGACGGUCGCCCCACUGUCCUCGAGGCCCUCGUCCAUUGAGUCGAUGCUCGUCCAGAGGAGGCCGUCCUGCAACUCGAUGACCUCGAGCGUCGGGGACACCAGCUUCAAGCAAAGCAAUUACCUCUGCCCUGUCGCGGACGUGAGCUUGAUCAAGGCAAGGAUACCCACGCUCGAGCUGCGUCCCGAUCACUCCGUCACUCUUAGUGGCUCCAGAUCACCGAGCGUCUCGAGCUACGCUGGUGGAGCAACGCACAACCGGUUGAAGGAGGAGAAAACGCCGAGUAUCGUUGUGGUCGCGGAGCCCACCAGCCACGAAGAUCUCGAUGUCCAGUCAAUUAUUAACGAGCGACGGCCGUCCACGCUCAAGCCCGAGAUCUUUGGUCACAACUUGUACGUCAAAGACGAGGGAGAUAUCGAGAGUGGCAGUAGUGAAGCAGUAGCAAUAGUCAACCAAGAGAUGGACGAUGAACGGCAGUAUGUGAGCGUGGGCGUGGGCCAGAGCAGCGUGGAGCUGCGAAUCUUCGUGGACGAGUCGGAGGAGCCGAGCACUUGUGCUGAACGGGAGACCCAAACUGAAAGGAGGAGUAGCAAGCCAGAGGCCGUCGUAGUGGUUGAAAGUGGUGUGGGGAAACGCAGGAAAAAGAGCCCACCUAGCCCUGAUGACGCUGUUGCGUAGAGAUUCGUUGGCGGACUGUUUGUUGAUUAAUUAUUAGCCAUCUUGCUGCAGUGUUCUGGACUUCGUUUCGUCCGAGAGUUCUGUAUCUUUCUUUUUUUUAGGGUUUGACGGGAGUAGUAAAGGGUGAAUUUUAUCCGAUGGUGCUUAUACAACUUAGAACAUCUGGAUGCACCGAGAUUCAGAGAUUUUUUUUUUUUUUAUAGGUGUCAGAAAUCUUGAUCUUUAACUGAACAUUACGAUAAAAAAAAAGCGUUUACGUUUUUUUCUGAUAAGAUUUAUUGAAAGUGAAGCUUCCUUCAUGAGUGUUUGAGCCUACACAAAGUUAAUAUCAAAGUUCGAGGCGGAUUGUGAAGCUGCAGAAAGGAUAUGCUGUCUCCGUAGCCGAGAUCCCUGCCCAGUUCAAAAUCUAAUUGGAUGUUUCUAAACAAAAUUAUUUCCUAAUUAUGUAGAAUGUACUGUUACUGUACUGUCUCAGCCGUGAACUCUUGGGAAGACUGGAAUGCCUGACAAUAUAGUUAUUAAUAGGGACAUUGGAUUUCGCCUUCAAAAACUUUCUUGGUUAACAAA